UCUCUGAAAUGGACACGUACCCAACUCUUCUUGAAGAGUCGGAUGCUCCGUCAGCACCGAAGCGUCAAUUCGUGGAAUGCUUUUGUCAGAGUGAAGCAUAUGGAAGCGAACGAAGGUCACGAAAAGGGUGAUAGGAUCAAACUUACCAAGUUCAUUGCUGAAAAUAGGGACGAGCUCAUUCACGAGCACUCACGGCUGACGUUGGCCGAGAAACGGGCCCUCAACGCAAAAGUUGUUGAAGCAAGGCAACAAAAAAGUCAUGCAGCACGUGCUAACCCCAAGGCUACUCGACACGAUAUGAAUGCGACCUUUACGUCCAUGGACCUGGUCUCGGUAAAUGUUUUCCUCGGAUUCACGAUUCAUGACUUAAUAUUUGAUGUAGAUCAACACACGAUAACUACUCGUCCGCGCCCUUUGAACAAACUCGUCAGUGACUGUCGUACAUUGAUUCAGGAGGAACUCGGUAAGUUGCUUCACAACAUUAAGGGUAAGGUGAAUAUGAAUUACAUGAAUUAUGAACGAAACAUUGUUGAGCAUUAUGGCUUGGCACUU